AUGGACGAGGAUGAGGAUACAGUUAUGGGAGAUUCCCAUACCCUUUCCAACCUGACAGUGAAUCCAUCCUUCACACAAUCCCCCCUUCCUGCACAUCUCAACAACUGCCCCACGCCCACUCUUGCACCUUCUUUCAUUUCCCAAGCAGUUCCUGCAUCUCCAUCACCAGGCUCUGAACAGUCUCAAUCUCGGGAGACCAUUGCCUCCACUGAAAUGGCCCCUCCUGAACGCUUGAACAAGCCCAACGAGGCACAUAGCCAUCUUGCGGAACAGUCAAAGCGUGAUAGCCUGGUCGAGCCUGACUCGGACUGGUCCGACAACGAGAUCAUGGCCAAGGCUGGUCUUCCCCUAGCAUCGCUUGCCACCGGACUCUGUUAUGAUCACCGUAUGCGUUAUCACUGUGAGGUUCGCCCACAGAGUGAUGUUCACCCGGAGGAUCCUAGACGCAUCUAUUACAUUUACAAGGAGCUUUGUCGCGCCGGUCUUGUUGACGACCCAGACUCGUGUCGCCCUUUGGCGCCAAAGACUCUGCAACGGAUUGAUGCUCGUAAUGCAACCGAGGAUGAAGUCACUCUUAUUCACACUGAUGCUCACUAUGCAUUUGUCUACAGCACAAAAGAUUUGCCCAAUGAGGCCCUCAUUCAGUUGGAGAAAGAUCGUGAUUCUAUUUACUUCAACCAGCUGACCUUUGCUUCGGCUAUUUUGUCUACUGGGGGAGCUAUCGAGACAUGCCUGGCCGUAGCGCAACGUAAGGUGAAAAACGCGAUAGCGGUCAUUCGCCCACCCGGUCACCAUGCAGAGGACAAUGCUGCGAUGGGAUUCUGUCUGUUCAACAAUGUGUCUGUUGCAGCACGUGUCUGCCAGAAUAAACUCGGAGAUGCCUGCCGAAAGAUCAUGAUUCUUGACUGGGAUGUUCAUCAUGGCAACGGUAUCCAGAAAGCAUUCUACGAUGAUCCUAAUGUUCUCUAUAUCUCCAUGCAUGUCUACCAAGAUGGUCGUUUUUACCCUGGAGGACCUGCAGGAGACUGGGAUCACUGUGGUGAGGGCGCCGGAGUCGGAAAGAAUGUCAAUAUCCCGUGGCCCGACCAGGGUAUGGGAGAUGGCGACUACAUGUUCGCCUUCCAGGAAGUGGUGCUGCCUAUUGCCCAGGAAUUUGAUCCGGACUUGAUUAUCAUUGCGGCUGGUUUUGAUGCUGCCGCCGGUGAUGUACUAGGUGGCUGCUUUGUCUCGCCGGCUUGCUACGCCCAAAUGACCCACAUGCUCAUGAGCUUGUCCAAUGGAAAGAUUGCCGUCUGCUUAGAGGGAGGAUACAACUUCAAGUCUAUCUCGAAGUCGGCUCUGGCUGUGACCAAGACUCUUAUGGGAGAACCUCCGGAUCGUUUGUUGAACAAUUCUCCCACUGAUUCUGCGGUCGCUGCCGUCCGUCGGGUGAAGAGCAUCCAAUCCCAGUACUGGAGUCGUCUGUAUCCCAAGACAUCCAAUCACCCAGUCUUUGCUGAUCGGCUUCACGACAUCCUCCGCGUCUACCAGUCGAACCAACUGUAUGAAAGCUGCAAGCUCACCCCACUUCACAUUUAUCGCACAGCUAUCUCCAAGUCAUUUGAAAAACAGGUUCUAGCAAGCCCAAACUACCAUGAGGCUGUGCCGCUCAUUGUGAUAUUCCACGACCCACCUGAGAUCGUGGGACAAGCCCAUCCCGUGACCAAUAAAUUGGAAGCACACAAUGUCUGGCUAGCCGACUCGCUGAAGGAGUAUGUCAAAUGGACCGUUAAUAAGGGAUAUGCGGUGAUUGAUGUCAAUAUUCCCAAGCAUGUAUCUCGGGAAGCGGCCGUGGGUCGUUACGAGGGAGAGGACGAGGAUCGUCCAUCUACCACCGAGGAGCUUGCAGGAUACUUGUGGGAUAACUACAUUGACGCGAACCAGGCAACCGAAAUCUUCCUGUUCGGCGUGGGCAACGCUUUCUUCGGUGUAGUGAAUUUGUUGAUCAACAGGGAAAAUCUUUACAAGCGUGUCAAUGGCGUGGUCUCUUUUGUAUCUGAGAAUCCAGUGCGCGCGGUCGCAUCCCACACCCAGACCUGGCUUUCAAAGUGGUACCGCGAGAAUUCCCUCGUGUUUGUUUCCAACUCCCACGGCGUCUGGGCCAGCGCUGAUCGACGGCCUUCUAAGCGGUACGGACAGCUGGUGCGUUCCCCAAAAUCGGAUCUAAAUGAGAUGCUUGAUGAGCAUAAAGAGGAAGUGUUCACGUGGAUCUCCGACCGUGCGGACAGACUAGACGAUGAGACGGACGAGGAAUAA